GGCGGGGAUGGUCCCGCCUCCGGCGCCGCCGGGAGCCGACUGGCCGGCCAGGGGCCUCCAGCCGUUACUGAGGGGAGGCGGGGGGGCCAUGGCGGGUCACAGCCGCGCCCCGGCCGGCGCCCCCCGCUCCCCUUCCCCGAGCCCCCACCCCUGGGGCGGCGAGGCUGAGCCGGCCGAGGCCAACCCCUUCUCCUUCCGGGAGUUCGUGCGGAGCCAGGGCCGGAGCGCGGCGCCGCGCGGCGCCAGCCCCCAGGCCGCCGCCCGCCCUGCGUCGGGGCUGAGCCUGCGGCGCCAGGAGCCCUUUUUCCCGGACCCCAGCGCGGGCCACGGGCCGCUGGACGAGGCGGAGGCGGAGGAGGAGGAGGAGGCGGAGUGGAGCGGCUGUUACCAGCCCGCCGCCGUGGAACACGCCCACUUGGCCGGGCCUGGCAGCGCCUCGCCGGGGCCCAGCGCCUUGGAGUCCUUCUACUGCCACCGCGCGGACUGGGACUGGUCGGGGCUGGAGGACUCGGCCCCGUGGCCGCUGGACGAGAGUGACCCCCUGGGCUACGCAGAGCAGAGCCUGGCGUCCGGGGGGGAAGCUGGAGAGGGGCAUCGUCACGCGCCGCAGCCGAGCUUCCGAGAACUACAAGAAGAAAAUGACAGACUGAGAAGCAAGGUUAACCAGCUUCACUUCUUCUCUGAAACUCAGACAGACAGGGUAAAGAAGCUUGAAAAAAAACUAGAGGAGAACAAGAUUAAAGAGGAAAAAGAGGCCCGGGAUCUAGAAGCAAUGGUGCAGCAUGUAGAACAGAAUCUCCAGUUGAUGACUAAACGGGCUGUGAAAGCAGAAAAUAAUGUUAUAAAACUGAAACAGGAAAAUGCACUACUUCAGCUGAAGAAUUACAAGGCAGAGAAUGAAGCCAUGAAGACUGGCCAGUCUGCUAGUUUGGCUGUAGUGAAACAAAAUGCAGAUACUGCCUUGCAGAAUCUUCUAAGAGUAAUUACAAAUUCACGCUCUUCAAUAAAGCAAUUGGUCUCUGGAGCAGAAUCAUUGCAGGUUGUUGCUGAACUCCUUAAAUCGAUAGACAGAAUUUCUGAAAUUUCAGAUGAUGGACCGUGAAAAAACCACUAAAGGAACUCUACCCCACGAGUUCUGUUUACAUAUAGAAAUCACUAUUUAAAGAUUGUUUGCUUUGAUAUUUAAAAAAUGCUGUCUUAAAAUAUGCAACCUUUACCCUUACUGUUUUUAUUGUGGGAGAACAGUUCUGCACUGGUGCAGUAUUACCCUUCCUUACGUUGUACCAACAGUGGCUUUCCAGAACCUGAUCCAGCAAAGCACAUACUUUAAGUGCUUUGCUGGAUUGGGACCUCAAGACCCAGCUGUCACUCUUUGUGCACUGCAGUCUCCCAUUAAAACGAAGUGGAGCACUGGACUCAACACAUGUGUUCCUGCCUUUUUUCCUCCUUCCCUUUAGUAGUGCUGUGUCAAAGUAUUUUAUAAAUGCUGGGAGCAAAUAAAAAAAAAAACACUGAAAAGAUUAUUUUUUUUACUGCCAUGAGGGGUGAGGUAGGGGAAAAUAUUUUGAACUCUUGUAUAAUUAAAUAUGAGAAUGAGACGAUAUACAUAAUGCUUUAACAGUUUAAGUACUUCCUAAAUAUAUUAAAAAAUGCUUUUUAAUUGUAUUAGGUUUUGUAACAAUACUUUAAAAAAAAAAAAGAUUAAAUACUA